UCGUUAAAGAAAAUCGUACUUGGUCGUUGUUCUUCGAGGUCUUCUCUGUGUGCGUUUCAACGCUUUUGCGGUAGAACCAUUUAUGAAGAAGAACCAUCAAGGUUCCAGUUGGUUCGUCGAAGGUGAGCGGGUUAGCAUGUCAGUAGCGCCUUCUCUGGUGCACCAUCACUUCCUCUCAGCCCUCUGCGACGACAACGCUCCUACUCCGCCGUCCGACGCCGACGACGUCUCCAGCCUCGACGCCGACGUCGCUCCCCACUAUCCCCCCCUCGACGACAAAGAGCAGCAGCCAACAGUGCCGCUGCCCGACUGCAAAGUGCGCCGCAACUACACGUGCCCAGUCUGCGACUUCUUCACGCAGAACCCGCGACGCUACCUCUACCAUCUACGCGAUGACCACGGCCACAAGCUGAAGAUCUACGAGUGCCCCCACUGUCUCUACGCUUCGAAACACUACCAGAAACUGCUCAGACACUCCAGGAUGGUUCACGGCGACUCAAACUCCGACCAGAAACCUUUCCCAGUAGAUAGUGUCUUCGUUAAGCUCGAAAUCAACGACCCUGAUGAUGUAAUUGAAGAAGAACCCUCUUCUUCUUUCAAGUGUUCGCUGUGUUCCUUCACCACUCGAAGCAAGCCAGCCUUCAACCGACACGAGCGCGAGGAACACCUAAAAACAAAAUUCUUUCGGUGCUCAAAGUGUACCUACGUCACGCAUAUUAAGGCUCGCUACACGAAGCACGUGAAGUACCACUCGAUGCCGAUGAUCAAGUGCGACAUGUGCGACUUCCGCACGCCGUACAAGUGGAACCUGGACAGGCACUGCAAGAACCACAACGGACAGGGCGCGUUCAAGUGUUCGGCCUGUAAUUUCACGGCGGAUAUUAAGCAAAGUUUGACGGUGCACGAGACCAAUCACCACCUGCCUCCCGUGGGGCAGGCCGCGGGGUUAGGUGUGGGGAGGAGGAGGAACAAGGUUGGGGCUAGUGAUACGACAGCGGCGGAGGAGGGUGCUAGUGGGGAGCAACAGGAGGCUGUACCUCAGGUGACAGCAGUAGCGACGCAACCCGCCGAACACAGCACCACGACCACCACCACCCCCUCCAAGGACCAUGUCGACGAGGUACCGGCUAAACCCAAAGCUAAAGUCAAGAUAACACCGAGGAAACCAAAGGCUACCGUCACUGUUCCGGAAUACACCAGGAAAAAGGAGUCGGACUUUAUUCAUCCAGACGAUUUCAUCCAUCACUCUAAUGGGAAAGUGUACAUCAAAAACAAGUGUAAACUUUGUAAUUUUAAGUCACCCUGGGACAGCGAGAUGGCCAAGCACGAAAGAAAGUUCCACAGUAUCGAAAGAGACUUGAUAGGGGUUAAGAAGAACCAACGUCCUAUCCCAAACCUUAUUCCAAUCCCAGCCCAGUUGAAGCAUCAAAGGGUUCAUCACAUCAGAAGCGUCGAGAUUCCUGAACCAAGAGAACCAACUAUGAGCGAGAAGGAUAUCAGCGAUAUCUGUCGCAGAUCAGCUAACAGUGCUCUCAAAGACUUUGCCUCCCUGUUUAGUUCAGAAGAUGUCUUCAGAACAUCGGCGUCUACUUCGAAGGUACCUGAUUUAAUCCCAGCGUUUCCUCUUCAAAUUAAGGCCCAACGCAACUUCAAAAACAAGACCUCCAUGUCGUUUUUCGAUAAGUUUAAUGAAGAACUGGGUUCCAGAUCGAAUCUGAUCUGUAGUUUGUGCGGACAUGAAAGCAAGUGCCUCACCGAGCAAGUUAAACACCAAAAACUGUGUGGUAAAGAGGCUAACAGAGUUCCUAACAUAAUUCCUGUGCAUAACAUCAGUGCUUCUCGAUGCCAGUAUUGUAGACACAGGUGUAAAUCCAGUGCAGACUUGCACAAUCACCUGCAAACUUGCUCGGAGGCUUUGAAGGUUUUUGGAGAUGACGCGUUCUCUGAGCACGAGAAUGAGUUAAAAAUUGAUGAGGACAGGCAGAGUAUUGAGGAUGAACUUGAUAUCAAACCUCACCCGAUGGAAAAUAAAGUGUUUGUAUGGAACGAUAUUAUGGUACCUAUGGAUAUCGAGGUUGAUGACUCAAAUUACGAGUAUACUGAUGAUAAAAACGACGAUGUAGCUUCUAUGGACUUGUCAGUGUACUCCCAGUCUCCUGCGUUAAGUGAUAACAGUGAUAACAGACAAGAAAACAAUAAUAACCUUAAUACAAACAACAAUCACACUAUUCACAAUUCUCCUGUAACAACAACCGAGAAAAUUCCAACCCACGGAAACGACAUCUCUGUUGCCCAGCAUAAAAGAGUCUUUAAGUGUCCACACUGUACUUUCUGGGCUUCUACAGCCUCGAGAUUCCACGUCCACAUUGUAGGGCACUUAAACAAGAAACCUUUUGAGUGUUCUUUGUGUUCGUAUCGGUCAAACUGGCGAUGGGACAUCACAAAACACAUCAAACUGAAGUCUGUGCGUGAUCAAGCUCAUGAAACGGCGAAAGUUUUGAUGACUGACGAAACUGGGAGAAGGAAUUAUUCAAAAUACAACAAAUAUCUUACAGAAAUACCGUUGAGUAGUCUUCAGUCUUCUUCGGAGACUAGUGGAGGUUCUGGGACCAGACCAAGGAACUAUGAUAGAAACUCAUCACCUUCUACUAGCAAGUCGGAAAAGAGUAAGAUGCCUGCGAGUGGGGAUUUGGGUUCUUUGUUGAAAGUGGGAAAUUUGAAGCCGCCGCCUGGAUUGAAGGCUGUGGACAAGCAUUUCCUCGAGAAGAGGUCUGCGAGUUCCGAAGGGAAAAGGACUCUUUUCAAGUGCAAGAAAUGUAAUUUCAGGGACGCCUCCAGGGAAAUCCUGCUCCAGCACGUCAAGGGCCACUACCCGGCCCACUUCGACCCUCAGGACCCCCUCUACCAGCAAGCCAUGGUGGUGGCGGCCGCCCAGAUGGCAGCAGCCGCCGCCGCGGCGUCUUCCCCCUCUCUCCUCUGCCCGCCCGGCUCACCGUCGCCAUCCUCCAACCUGUCAAACCUGUCAUCUUCCGCUUCUUCGCCGUCGGGGACCUCUGCUGCGCCGCGGGAUCUAAGCUUAAGGGGUACGAGUCCUGAUAGAGACGAUGAGGCAAGUGUAAAUAACAACAAGGCAACGGCAGCCGCGCAGAAAGGCUGCGCAGCGACGGCGGCGGGAGGCGUCGUCGGUGCGCACGCUGCGGCGCCGCCUUUCCGUUGCGGCCAUUGUAAUCAGGUGUCUAACUGGAAGCAUGUGAUUCAGGUAUACCUUUUCGCGCUCUUCUUGUUGCUUGUACGUCUCAGGGACGCCUCCAGGGAAAUCCUGCUCCAGCACGUCAAGGGCCACUACCCGGCCCACUUCGACCCUCAGGACCCCCUCUACCAGCAAGCCAUGGUGGUGGCGGCCGCCCAGAUGGCAGCAGCCGCCGCCGCGGCGUCUUCCCCCUCUCUCCUCUGCCCGCCCGGCUCACCGUCGCCAUCCUCCAACCUGUCAAACCUGUCAUCUUCCGCUUCUUCACCGUCGGGGACCUCUGCUGCGCCGCGGGAUCUAAGCUUAAGGGGUACGAGUCCUGAUAGAGACGAUGAGGCAAGUGUAAAUAACAACAAGGCAACGGCAGCCGCGCAGAAAGGCUGCGCAGCGACGGCGGCGGGAGGCGUCGUCGGUGCGCACGCAGCGGCGCCGCCUUUCCGUUGCGGCCAUUGUAAUCAGGUGUCUAACUGGAAGCAUGUGAUUCAGCGUCACUGCAGGCUGAAGCACAACGGCGACAUAAGGGUAGUAAGUACUAAAAACGGACAGGAGAAGAUCGAAAUAGAAGAACAGCCCGACGAGCCUGACUGUUCUGACGUCCAGCAAGUCGGCCUCUUCAAGUGCAACAUGUGCCCCUACGCCACUGACUCCCAGGAAGACUACCAGCUCCACCUCCCCGGCCACAUCGUCGAUUCCAACAAACCCCUCAAGUGCUACUUCUGCAAGUACUGGGUAACCGAAGAAUAUGACCUUGUAGGGCAUCUAAAGCUUCACGGAGUCUGUGAUCCUUAUGAUUUCGUUAAGUCUAUGAAUAGUAAUGAUGGAGAUGGUAAAAGGUUUAGAUGUGUCUAUUGUCCUUAUGUUACCAACACUAAAACUCAGUUUAACUAUCACAAACAGUUCCACAAAGACCGUGGGGGACAGUACUCUUGCAGCAGAUGCUCUUAUAACGUCAGUAAAAGACAUUUACUUCAUCAGCACCUCAAAGUUCAUGGUAUGUCUCCCAACAAAUCUGAAGAAAUGGACGAAGAUAUCACCGACGAAAUACCUUUGAAUAAAGUCAAGAUCAACUAUCUAGAAUCAGUAGAUAUUCCUCUAGUUUGGGUACUGAAAGACGGCAAAUUUUCCAAGAUGUACAACUGCAGGUUCUGUCCUCACGUCAAUUCAAGAAAAGUAAACAUACAAGAGCACGAAAAAAUGCACAGUCCUAGAGAACAAGGCACCAAUCCUUCCAGACCUAACGACAUGGAACACAGAUGCGUUGAAUGCAACUAUAUCUGUAAAAACGCCGGAGUACUAUCUUCUCACCUGAAAGUCCAUCAAGGUUUGUAUGGCACCAUUCACUCUCUGGUAGAUCUCAACAAAAGUGACGAAGAACAACUAAAAGAACUCUGCAAGGAACUAACCUCCUCUUCAGACGACAUCGACACCUCAGAGUUCCUCCAAGUCGAAAUGGAAGAAACUGAAUCAGUUCUAUACUUCUGCAAAGACUGUCCUGCCAGGUUCCUGAAAGAAACCGAACAUAUGAUCCACGGAGACUUUCACACCUCCCACUUGGAGUUUGCCUGUGAUUCUUGCAGUUACACUGCAGAAAACGCUUCUUAUUUAAUGUCCCACUCUAAAGUACACAGCGCGGAGUACCAGGAACGAACCGCCAUGCUUAAGAAGCUUUAUAUCAUUAGUAACGAUCAUCCUGAGCCUGAACUAAAACAGGUUAAGAAAGAGGACGGUCAAAGUGUGUGGGUUGUUCACCGGAAAAGUGAAAUUGAGAAGAAAAACAAUAUCCUAGCUUCGUUUUUGAGUAAACCUUUGAAAACCAGCCAGAAUAUUCCGUUGUCUGGCACAGAACUGUUCCAACAACGUUCUGAAGCCAGGCAGAAACAAGCUUUGGAGGAAAUCAAGCAAGAAAUAAUUGAAGAAGAUAUGGAAGAAGUUGUGAGUUCUUCAAAGACCCCUGAAGCUAGGGAGUUUGAUGUUUCUGUGCAGGGUAAUCCUGAAUUCGUUUAUCAGAAGUACAUUAAAAAUGGACGAAUGAAGGAGAAGAGGUACAAGUGCCAUAAGUGUCCGAGUGCUUUCGAGAAGAGAGAGCAGUACAAGAUACAUCUGGGAUUGCAUGGUUCAAAGCAGCGCUACAACUGCGAGUACUGCGACUAUUCUGUCAAGUACUAUGCAAACUACGUGCAGCAUUUGAAAAAGCACAAGUUCGACGAAGAUGCACAUGCUGCCAUGAAGAAAACCGAUGAAGCUAAUGAAAGAAACAACGAUGUGAUAGAGAGCAUGGAGGUAGCUUUCAACGCUACCGAAGUUUGUGAUGAUGGCGUGGUUCUCAAAACGAGUGUAGCCGAUCAGCAGAUGCUUAAUAUAACCCAACAGCGUAAAUCUAACUCCACAUCACCUCUAGAUGACAAGAAAACAUACUUUUGCCCUUACUGUCCCUACGUUAACUCUAGAAGGGAUGCUCUGGAUAACCACUUGAAGAGGCACAAGUGUGUUUCGGGUGUGAGGAGUGUCUACGCUUGCGAACAUUGUGAUUAUUCGGUGCCACAGGCGCACUUUCUCAGAGAGCACGCCAAAAUUCAUUUUGUACCAAAUAGAACGGGCCAGGUGGAUGGCUACGUUAAAUGUGAUAAUGUAAAGUUAACCUCCAGUAAUUUAACGGCCAGUAGCGAUAACUGUGAGGAGGAGUACGUUAUUUUCGAUGAAAAGAACGAAUGUUCUUCGGAAGAGAAGUUUAAUAAUAACAAAGGAGAAACGGAGUUACCGAUCGUACAAACUGGGGACUUAAUAAAAGUUAAAGAAGAGUGUUAAAUUAGAUAGUAAUUCUGUAUUUUUUAGGCAACCCGUUAUAUACGAUAAAAAUCGGCGCUUAGUUUAAAAAAUUCAGUUUUCAUUUUUUAAAUUUGUUGUUUGUGCCUCUGAAAAUGCAGGAUUACUUACUUUGCUUACCUACUAAAAACACUAAAAUAAAACUUAGUCAGAAAUGCUAGUGAUUGUAAUUUAUACCCAAAUAAUAAUAAUUAAAAAAAGAGUAACUUAACUACCUAUUAUAAAAUAAAUAUAUUAUAUUUAACAUUAAUGCCUUAGUCAUAUAGGAUAUAGAGUAUUUUUACAAAGUAUUUUCACAAAAAACGUAGGGCUAGCAGAAGUACGUAGUAUUACCACGCAACACUAUAAUAUAUAUGUUUGUAAAUACUUAUUAAAUAUUGUUCUUAUUAUUACUGUCAGUUUUUAAAGUAUUAAUUUUUGUUUCUUUCGUGGGGUUUAAUGCCAAAGCAUUUAAUGCCAAAAUUUGCCAUAAUUUGUUGUUUAUUGUUUACAGAGAGAAAAUAUAUGAAUUAUAAAAAAAA